AGAAAGCUGGCGCACUUUUGUCGAUAAAUGACGUGAGAGAGUGGUAUUCACACGCUUGUGUACAAAGUUAAAAGGGUUAACGUGGAAUACUAUAUACCAGUGGGACGUAGUUGUAAUUUUACUCAGCUUAUGCUUUCAAUUGAAACCGUGGAUGUCCCCUAACCCCGUGACUGGAUACACUGCCUCAAUGCCCGACAACAAGGCGCCCUCUGCUGUAUCGGAGGAGCCCCCAGAAGCAGCGGAAGAGUCUUUGGUAAAAAAUGGCGACAGCGGUGGACUCAAGAAAUCCGUUGGGCUCGUUUCCGGUACCGCCAUGAUCGUGGGCACAAUGAUAGGUUCCGGUAUCUUCAUCUCACCCAAGGGCGUUUUGGAGGGCACGGGGUCAGUAGGGUUCAGUCUCAUUAUCUGGACAGCGUGCGGCGUCCUCUCAACUCUAGGUGCGUUGUCGUACGCUGAGCUGGGGACCAGUAUACCUCGCUCUGGCGGCGAGCAUGCGUACUUGAUGUACGCGUUCGGUUCUGGUACUCGGCGCAUUGGAACCGUCCUGGCCUUCAUAUACGACUGGAUGGGUAUCUUCAUCCUGCGACCGAUCAUGUUCAGUGUGAUGUGCCUCUCUCUGGGGACCUACACGGUGAAACCGUUCUUCCCGACAUGCGUCGAGCCGCCGGAAAUGCCCGUCAAGCUGGUCACCGUGCUUGCCAUGUUGCUGUUGGCCGCAAUUAACAUCUACAGCGUGAAGAUGGCUACCUCCCUUCAGAACAUCACCACCGUCACGAAACUGAUCGCCAUCAUGAUCGUCACCAUCGGGGGCAUCUAUAAAAUAGCCUCAGGUCAGACGCAGUAUAUCGGCGAAGGUUUUGAGGACACAAGAGAGGACCCGUCCCUCAUUGCCAUCGCGUUCUAUAAUGGUUUGUGGGCCUACGACGGCUGGAAUAACCUUAAUUUUAUAACAGAGGAGCUUAAACAACCCGAAAAGAACCUUCCAAGGGCCAUAAUGCUUGGCAUCCCGCUGACGACAGUUGCGUACGUACUCGCGAACGUGGGGUUUAUGGCCGUCAUGUCCAAGGAGGAAAUCCUCAUUUCCCGCAUUGUGGCAGUGCGCUGGGCGGGCCACAUGUUGGGUGUUAUGGCUUGGGUCAUGCCCGUCUUUGUCGUGCUGUCCUGCCUCGGCUCAGCCAACGGCACAAUAUUCGCUACGGGCAGACUGUGUUACGCCUCCGCUCGCGACGGCCAUUUCCCAAGUAUUCUCUCCUACAUUCAGGUCAAACGCCGCACCCCCAUGCCGUCCAUAUUAUUUACACUAAUCAUUUCCAUUCUGACCAUAAUACCGUCCGACCUGAGCACGCUGAUCGACUUCUACAGUUUCUGUAUGUGGCUCAGCUACGGCGCCACCAUGGUAGCGCUUCUGUACCUGCGAUACAAAGAACCAAACCUGCACCGCCCAUACAAGGUUCCGAUAUUUAUACCCGUGAUCGUGCUCAUCAUGUCGGUGUACCUAGUAGUGUCGCCAAUCAUCCAGACCGGAAGGGUGACCUUCUUCUACGCCAUACUCUUCAUCAUUUCCGGCCUCUUCGUCUACUUCCCGUUCGUCUACUACAAGUUGAAGGUCCCGAAGACCGACGCUGUCUACCGAUUUUUCCAAAUCAUGUUUCAAGUGGCCCCUCCCCACCACGAUUGAAUUCGUCUGCCUUUGGAACCCACAGAUCAUGCGUCAAGCUAGCUUUUGGUGAACCGAAAAAUGUAAUAUUAACAUGUAUUUAUAGUAACGCAUGUGUUACUAUUAAUAGUAACAGUUUUGACACUUCAUGUUUUUAUAGCAACGCGCAUUAUUACACAAGCUAUCACGACCAGAUUACCACGAAAAAUCGUAAUGUGCGUUUCGAUUACACUGAAAUAAUUUUAUGGAAGAAAAAUAACUUCUUAAUCUAAGAUAAUAACAACCAAACUUCAUCUAUGUUGUCUGCAGGGAAUUAAUUUUCAUGUGUGGGGUUGAAUUCUACGACAGAAGGCUUGCAAUUACCACGAGCGUACAUCUACAGAAUGGUCUACAUGAAUGCAUUCAAUUGUAACAUUAAUUAUUAAAAAUUAAUUGAAAAUAAUGAAUGUAUGCGCGUUCAUAUCUUGACAAACAACACGUAUAUUGACAUUUGUAUACCUAUUUGUGUUCUGUAUUUUUGAAUGGCACACACAUACCUUACAAGCAUUUUCGAAAACACACUGUUUAUAUUCCGAUGUAAAUACAUUAAUAAAAAAGGAUAGCGUAUUUGAGUGCCCAAGGGUUCCAAUGAUGCUUUACAGCUCAGAUAUUGUCAAAUGCUAUCAUUUGUCACGUGUUUGUGCUAUCAUUUGUCAUGUGUUUUUGCAUCAAAUGACACGUUUACAUGCACAUGUUGUUAAAUGAAAGCUAUGGUUGAAGGAACGUUUAUAUUGCAUGCGCGUGUAUUUGAGAAUCAUGUUCAUGUCAAUAUUUUUGGAGACAUACCAUUAACUUAAAUCAAACUAUGCAUGUCUCUUGUUCCCUGGCUAUGCAAGAAAUAAUUAAAAAAUUCAAAUGGGGAUACACAUACCUGGGCCAUUUUAAAUUCGUUUUUCUCCGUGUUUGUGACAUUUUUAGCAUUAUUCAUUUUGCUGUACUUUGAAAGUUGCUUCUUUAAAUGUUGAUAAUUGUUCUACAUGUUAAUUGAUAUACAUUGUGUAAAUGUAUGUGUUGCACUAUAUUUGCAUGUCAUAAUCAAGGUUGAGUUAAUAGUGCGAUUUUGUUUUUGUGACACUGGUCAAUUUUGUGCCUUUUAUGUGGCAAUGGCUAAUCAUGUGUUCCGAAUGUCGAAAUGCAAUAUUAUGUGUUCUGUAUGUGGCACUGGCCUAUUGUAUGUUGCCAUGGCCCAUCCUGUGUUUUGCUGAUGCCCUUUGCUUAUUAUGUGCUGUUGUUGCGGUCACAAAUGUACAAUUUGCAAUUAUAUGGAUAAUAAUACCAUUGCAUUGCUUUAUGUGCAGCCUUAUGUUAUAUACGAGUCAUUCUGUGUUGCGAGAUGAUUCAUGUAAGUGUGUUUUCUUUUAAAACAUCAGGGUAGAUAUGCGCAAGAUCUUAAAGUUUGGCAUUAUUUAUAUACAUGUAUUUGAACUCAUUUAUUUACCCCCAUCGAAUCGAAAAUAACUUCAUUGAGUACAUCGGCAACAAACUAUUACUUACAAGUUUAUUUUUUUUAGAAAAUGUAUUUAUCAAGAAUACAGACUUCAUGUUUUACUUAACAAACUUUUGCAUUGAACUUCAUUGUAUUUCUGAUUAAUUUUUUUUUCUGAAACGGAUUUUCAAAUGUUUUAGUUUAAGCAUUGUAUUGCACUAAAUUGGAUUUCUCUUUUUCUUUAUAUGUUUGGAAUGCAUUCUAUUGUAUUUCUCAAAUUGUUUAUUUCAUUGUUUACUUGUUGGAAGAUAUAUGCUUUCUCUAAUUACUGUAUAUGUUUUCUCUUAUUACUGUAUAUGUUUUCUCUAAUUACUGUAUAUUACUGUUUUUUUUCAUGUUUUGCUUCAAAUUAUCAUGCACUUAAUGCUUCUCACAAAGGUGCUUAUUUAUGUAUCACUUCAUAACAUGGUAUUGUACGUGUUUUUAUUUCUCUACACUGUACAACAAACUCGGUUUUUGCUUUACUGCAUUGUCGAUUAGUUAUUAAAUGUUUAUUUGACGUCAAUAAACACGUUUUAUACAUGUUUUAACAGAGAGAUAUAUCGCACAUAUUUUUUUAUAUUGCAGAACUUCUAUUCAAAAUAAAAAUACGUGUAUUUUAAUUUGCGGGUGAUCUUGUUGUUAGAUUUUAAUGGGGAUAUUGCUUAGUCAAAUUUAUUAUAUAUAUAACAAGCAUACAUUUAAACUGUGUUCAUUUCUUUCUAUAUAUUUGUGAUGGUGUUAUGGAUUUUAUUUUAACUUUACAUUGUAAAAUACCAUUCAAGUUGAAAAAAAAAUUUAGAAAGGAAAAUAAUUAAGUUCAAAUAUAUAAUACUUUCGUACAUAACGAGAUGAACAAUGUCAUUAAAAAUAUAAAACAUC